AUGACACAAUAUCGAUCUAAAUUACAUCCUUCAUCUUGUUUUCCUCCUAAUCCAUCAACGCCUAAUACUCAAAAUCGUCUAUUUUUACGAAUUGCUCCAACUGAAGCUCGAUAUCGAUGCUGUCGUCUGACAUUUAUUGGUAUCAACACAACGACUUACUCAGCUAUUGCUGCUCUUCUUGCCUGUGGACAAUUAACGUCAAUUGAAGUUAUAAAAGUCUUUGAUAUAUAUGAAAAACAAGAUGCUCGUAUUAUACUUAAUGAUCUUCAAUUAAUUGCUUUAUUUAACAAAUAAACAGAAAGUAUAUCAACAUGGAUACAAAUGAAUGCUUCACUAGUUGAAAGUAUUGUUUCACAAGUGUGUAUUUAUUCACCUCAUUCUACAUUAAUUAUUUGUACACAACCAAAUGAAUUAAUGACUUAUGUUGCAUCACGUGUCAGUAAAUUUCCUAUCGAACGAGUAUUUGGACUUGGUGCAAGUAUUACUACAGCUUAUGCACAUAGAACUAUACUCAAUCAAAACGAAAACAUUCAUGGUCAUGUCAAUGGAUUUUUUGUUAUUGGCAACGGAUUAAUUGAUAAUUCAUGUACAAAAAUACUUAUGCAUAAUUUAACUAUUGAUGGAAUUCCUUGUUCAGAUAUUCAUUCGAAAAUAAUAAAAAGUCAUGUAACAACCACGACUAUUGUAAAUGAAUUUACGUCCAAAAAAAGACGCCAUAAAAAUUGGGACAUACAAAAACUUCUGAAAAAUAAUGAAACUAUUUAUUCCAAUGUUCGACGUCGAUUACCAAUUGUUACAGAUUUAAUAUCACGUCAACAGAUUGCUAUGAAAUAUCUCUUACCCAGUUCCACUAUUCCUCAUUUAAAACCUAAACUACAAGAAUCGCUAAAUAUUUCAUUGAGUACUAAAUUACGUUCUAAUUGGACAGAAGCAAUGUUAAUAGUUCAUAUUAUUCGUGCACUUAUUAAUGGAAAUGAAUUUCAAUCAAAUUUUGUUGUAAAUAUUGCACCAAUAAAUAAUUCAACGAAUGUUUUUAUUAAUUAUCCAAUAAUCAUUGGUUCAAGUAAUUGUUCAAUUGAAUAUAUAUUACCAUUUCAUGAAGCUCAACAUAUUCUCAAACAAAAAUCAUUUUUCAUACCACGUGAAAAAUUACAAACAAAAAUACAUUUUUCAAAAUCAAAAGAUUAG